AUGGUUCAAAAUAAAUCUAAAGCUAAAUUUCAUUCAACUUGUGACGCCAACAGGUAUACACUGUUCGCUAGAAAACUUUCUGGUCAACAAGCAUCUACCUCUGUUACUCAGAGGGCGACUCCACAAUAUAUUGAUCCAGUUGAAACUGUUUUGCAACAUUCUUCUAUACCUUCCGAUG